GGGCAGGUGAUAAGCUAUAGGUAUAUAAAUAAGGGAAUUACGUAGAAUGUCAGAAGAUGGUAUGGAAACAAAACGUAGGGCAGGGUAGAGUGUGUCCGGGUUGCAGUUUUAAAUAGGGUAGUCAUACUUUAAGGACCUGGGGGAGUUAGCCAUGUGGGAAUCUGGGGGAGAGCAUUCCAGGUAGAGGGAACAAACAAUGCAAAGAGCGAAGCAGUUAUGUGCCUUGCAUGUUCCAUGAACAGCAAGAAGACGAUCAGUAUGGCUGGUGUGGAGUGAAAGGGAGGGGUGGAAGGGUAGAGAUAGAAAGACCCUGUAGGACACAGAAGGUUUUGUGUUUCACUGCCAGUGAGAUGGACAGCCAUUGUAGGAUUUUGAGAUGAGGAGGAGGACACAACUUAGAUUUUUUUUUUUUAAGGUUUUAUUUGACAGACAGAGAUCACAGGUAGGCAGAGAGGCAGGCAGAGAGCGAGGAAAGGAAGCAGGCUCCCAGCUGAGCAGGGAGCCCAAUGCGGGGCUCGAUCCCAGGACCCAGAGAUUAUGACCUGAGCCGAAAGCUGAGCCUUAACCCACUGAGCCACCGAGGCGCUCCCAUGACAGAUUUUUAAGGAUCAGACGAUACCAGGAGGAACCGGAGCUGGGAUCAAUCAGGGAGAGAAGUUAAGAAUCUGAUGCGGUAAUCAGGGGAGAGUUCAUGGUGACUUCUUCAAAUGUGGUGACCACGGAGGAAGUGAGAAGUUGGCUCCCGGAUGCUGGAGGCAGAGAAGAGCCUUAAGACUGGGCUGUCCGAGCUGCAAGAGUCCUGGCACCUUCAGUGCUCGAGCUGGAAGGGCCCAGGAAGGGGUGUCCGGCCUGCGUUUAUGGACGAUGGGGUCGAGGCUGUUAGGGCAGUGGCUGUGCCUGUUUCUCCAGGUUACUGCUACCAGUGCCAGAGCCAGGUGCCACCGCGCAGUGGGCAUUGCUCCGCCUGCCGCGUCUGCGUCCUUCGUCGGGAUCACCACUGCCGCCUGCUGGGCCGCUGCGUGGGAUUCCGCAACUACCGGCCCUUCCUGUGCCUGUUGCUUCAUGCAGCAGGCGUCCUGCUCCACGUCUCUGUGCUGCUGGGCCCGGCCCUGUCUGCCCUCCUGCGAGCCCACGCGCCCCUGCACACCGCCGCCCUCCUCCUGCUGCCCUGGCUCAUGCUGCUCACAGGCAGAGUGUCUCUGGCGCAGUUUGCCCUGGCCUUUGUGACCGACACGUGUGUGGCAGGUGCACUGUUGUGUGGGGCUGGGCUGCUCUUCCAUGGGAUGCUGCUGCUGCGGGGCCAGACCACGUGGGAGUGGGCUCGGGGCCAGCACUCUUAUGACCUGGGCCCUUGCCACAACUUGCAGGCGGCUCUGGGGCCCCGCUGGGUCCUCGUCUGGCUCUGGCCCUUCCUGGCUUCCCCACUGCCUGGGGAUGGGGUCACCUUCCAGACAGCAGCAGAUAUGGGCCUCGUGGCUUCCUGAUUCCAGGAAGAGCCAGAGGUGUUCAGGGAGAAGGUAGCAGGAGACGGGGGCUCCUAACUCCUUUGGGGCCCAACUCCGGCCUCCAGUCCCAUCCUUGGCCUUGCCCCUGCCCAGCUCGGACUCCGGUAUCCAGGGCUUGGGUCCCGCAGCUCUGCCUCUGUUGGCCCCCCGAGUAGAGUGGAUGGUUUGGUAAGGGGCUGCUUGGCCAGCCUAGUCACCCCUUUGUUGGGUUAAUAAAGUGCCCACUUGGUUCUUGGA